UUUUGGGGGCAAGCAAAGAGAUGUGGCGGUCACAGGAGUUGGUGAGGAAGGUGAAACUGAAAGCGAAAGCGGUGGGUGGGGUCCACGUGCAUUUGAAAUGGAUGAGCACGGUGAUGUGUUUCGGCGAUGGAAGCCAAGGGGCCGUUGGAUCCCCCGUCGGUGUUGGACUCCACGCCUACGAGCCCACUCCUGUUGCUGCUCUUCCUUCCGAUGUUGUUAGCGUCCACGCCGGACACUACCACUCCCUCGCCCUCACUUCCAUGGGCCACCUCUGGGCCUGGGGCAGAAACAACGAGGCCCAACUUGGCCGCGGCCCUUCCUCUAGAGAAUCAUGGCACGAGCCAGAAAGAGUGAAGGGUUUAGAAAACGUGAACGUGUGUGGUGCUUUCGCGUCGGGCGUUGUUUCCGCUGCUGUCGGGGAUGAUGGUUCUGUUUGGGUGUGGGGGAAGUCAAAACGCGGUCAACUCGGCCUUGACAAACAUGUCACUGAGGCUAUUGUGCCUACCAAAAUGGAAGCACUUUCUGGAGAGAACGUAGCCAAGGUUUCGUUUGGAUGGGGGCAUGCUCUUGCUCGAACUUCGGAUGGAAAGUUGUUUGGAUGGGGCUAUUUAGCGGACGGUAGAAUUGGGAAAAUGGGGAAUCUCUCUGAGACAUCUCCGUUGGAAUCCGCGUUUUCAAAUGAUUCACAACUCUCCAGUUCAGACAUGGAAGAUGCUGAGAAGCGAGUCUUGCAAGGAAUGGAACAGGAGAAUAACAUGCCAAUCAUAUGGGAACCUCGCUUGGUUGAAGAAUUGAACGGUGUUCAUGUUCUGGACAUCGCGUGUGGCCUUGAUCACUCUCUCAUUCUUUGCCGUGAUGGUGUGCUUUUGAGCUGUGGGAGCAACGUGUAUGGCCAAUUGGGGCGAGAGAAAACAGAUUUGGGGAUUUUUCCGGUUGAAAUGAGAUUCAGUCCUGUUUUUAUAGCCGCGGGGCUUGGGCAUUCGUUGGCAAUAUGCCAGCUUGGUGAAUCAGAAGGUAGUGUGGGGACCACCAACAUUGCUUCGUGGGGAUGGAACCUGAGUUCUCAACUUGGGAGGCCCGGGAAUGGGAACUUACCCUCUUUGAUUGAUGCAUUGGAGGGGGAAAACCCUGUCUCGGUUUCAGGAGGGCGUGCACAUUCUCUUGCUCUAACAUCCAAGGGAGAAUUGUGGGUCUGGGGCUCUGGUAAAAGUGGCAGACUUGGGCUAGGAAGUUCAGUUGACCAAGUUGAGCCUUUUUGCCUUGAUUCCUUAGAGGGUUUUCAAAUUUUACAGGCCGUGUCAGGGUUUGAUCAUAAUCUGGUGCUGGUUGCUGGCUGAUUUGAUUUGGCUUCAACGAAUAGAAAGUCUUUUAUGCUUGCUUUAACUUAAAGCUGGACUGGUGGAGUGGAGUCUGUCUAUAAAUAAACCUAAGCACUCUCUUGGUCCAAAUGUCAAACAUGCUUUUUUUUUUGUAGGUUUUGUAUGUCGUUUAUGCUUAAACUGUAUCGUGGAGUUUCAUGCAAACCCACAAGACUCUAUAAUUUUGUUUAGUAGUUUGAUUUGUAUGAUGAAUAGGUGCGGACACCAAGAUUAAUA